AUGGCAGCAGAACCCACUGCCCAAGAGAGCCGAUCGAGGGACCUCGACAAGCUCCUCCUCCGACCGGGCAAUCUCGUCGGACCCAACUUCGAACCCGGUCCCUCGCUGAGAGACGACCUCAAAGAAUACGGGAGAGUGUUGGUGGUUGGGGCUGGUGGGUUGGGCUGUGAACUGCUCAAGGACUUGGCUUUAUCUGGUUUUCAAAAACUUGAGGUUAUAGACAUGGAUCGCAUCGAGGUUUCUAAUCUCAAUCGCCAGUUCCUUUUCAGACUUGAAGAUGUAGGUAAGCCAAAGGCUGAGGUGGCUGCAAAACGUGUCAUGGAAAGAGUUGGUGGUGUAAAUAUUGUUCCACAUUUUUGCCGGAUUGAGGACAAAGAGCUUGAAUUUUAUAGCAAAUUCAGCAUUAUUGCCCUCGGUCUUGAUUCCAUUGAGGCUCGGAGCUACAUAAAUUCUGUUGCUUGUAGUUUUCUUGAGUAUGAUUCUGAUGAUAGUGCACUGGAAGAAACAAGCAAACCUAUGGUAGAUGGUGGGACUGAAGGUUUUCAGGGACAUGCUAGGGUCAUUGUGCCAGGGGUCACUCCGUGCUUUGAGUGUACCAUCUGGCUUUUUCCACCUCAAGUGAAGUUCCCUCUAUGCACCCUUGCAGAAACCCCUAGAACUGCUGCUCAUUGUAUUGAAUAUGCUCACUUAAUUAAAUGGGAUGAGGUACAUAGCGGUAAGGCUUUUGAUCCAGAUGAUCCAGAGCAUAUGAAGUGGGUCUACAAUGAGGCUACCAAGAGAGCUGAGCUUUUCGGUAUUCCCGGAGUUACAUAUUCCCUUACUCAGGGUGUUGUGAAGAACAUCAUACCAGCUAUUGCUUCCACAAAUGCGAUUAUAUCAGCUGCCUGUGCGCUAGAAACAUUGAAGAUUGCAUCGGGAUGCAGCAAAACCCUGUCAAACUAUUUAACGUAUAAUGGUGCAGAAGGUCUCCACACUAAAGUGACUGAAUUUGUGAAGGACAAAGACUGUCUUGUAUGCGGCCCAGGUGUUCUUAUUCAGCUGGACACCUCAAUUACUUUGGAAAAGUUCAUUGAUCUACUUAAAGAGCACCCUAAAUUGCUAUUGUCGAAAGCAAGCAUCACACAUAGAGGGAAGAGUCUGUACAUGCAGGCGCCACCUGUACUAGAAGAGAUGACCAGAUCAAACCUAAGCAUACCACUUUUUGAUUUGAUCGGUAAAAUUCCCAAAGAUGUUGUCCAUGCGAUUGGUACAACCACCAAGAACGACAAGAAAACUUCGUGUCUGAGAAAGCUACGAGUUGUUUUCAAGGGAGUUGAUGGGAUUGCAGAUAUGGAUACAGCAGGCGAGACAUAA